UUCAUGCUGCACACACACACACACACUCUCCAUCUCCUCUGCCCGUGCGGACUGUGCACAUCAAAGGGGAAGCGGAGCCUGACCGGGCCGGGCGGCUUGUCCACCGACUUCAUGUGAACGUGAAGAAGAGCUGCUGUUGAGAUAAAAGCUGGAGGAGUGACCAGAGAGGAGAUUUCUUAAUUUGGACCUGCCACUCCUGUCUGAGAGCAACUUUUCUCACUCAGGGACGCGCUGCUGCUUCCUCCUGCCAGUGCCGACUGACGCGACAGGAUGUCAUGGCGCCCUCAGUACCGCAGCUCCAAGUUCCGCCACGUGUUUGGUAAGGCCGCCACCAAGGAGAGCUGCUACGAUGGCGUGCCAAUCACACGCAGCGUCCAGGACAACAACUUCUGCACCGUCAACCCACGGUUCCUGGCCGUCAUCACCGAGUGUGCGGGGGGAGGGGCCUUCCUGGUCCUGUCGCUCCAUCAUACGGGUAAAGUGGACCCUCACCACCCUCGUGUGUCGGGCCACAGGGGCAACGUGUUGGACAUUAAAUGGAACCCCUUCAACGACUACUGUAUCGCCUCCUGCUCUGAAGACACCACGGUUAAAGUGUGGGAAAUCCCUCCCCAUGGGGUGUUAAAAACCCUGACCGUGGCGUGGAAGGAGCUCCAGGGUCACAGCCGCAGGGUGGGCCUCAUCGAGUGGCACCCGACCGCGAAGAACAUCCUCUUCAGCACGGGCUACGACUACCAGGUGAUGAUCUGGAACCUGGACUGUCCCGAGCAGGUGAUCAAAAACCCCGUGCGGACCAUCAGCCACCACACAGACGUGGUCCUGUCCAUGUCCUUCAACACAGACGGCAGCCUCCUCGCGACCUCCUGCAAAGACAGGAAGGUCCGACUGAUGGAGGCUCGCUCAGGAAACAUACUGCAGGAAACCAACAGCAAGGCACACAAAGCCAGUAAAGUGUUGAUACUGGGAAACGUGAAGAUGCUCCUCACGACGGGAACUUCACGCUGGAAUGAACGACAGAUAGCUCUGUGGGAUCAGGAUGAUUUGUCUGUGCCUUUGUUGGAGGAGAACCUGGAUGGGUCGUCGGGGGUGUUAUUUCCUUUCUACGACCCAGACACACACAUGCUCUACAUCGCUGGGAAGGGUGAUGGAAAUAUGCGAUACUAUGAGAUCAGCUCAGAAAAACCAUACAUCCACUACUUAACGGAGUACCGCUCAAACCUACCUCAGAAAGGAAUGGGUGUGAUGCCAAAGAGAGGUCUAGAUGUCAACUCCUGCGAGGUGUUCAGGUUCUACAAACUGGUGACAAUCAAAAGUUUAAUUGAGCCCCUUUCGAUGAUUGUUCCCCGCAGGUCGGAGUCCUACCAAGAAGACAUUUAUCCAAUGACUGCUGGCAACAAGCCGGCCGUGACAGCCGAGGAGUGGCUCAGCGGCGUCAACAAAGGUCCAGUGCUGAUGUCUCUUAAGCCUGGAAGUCAACUUGCAGAGUCUUACUCGGAGACCAAGGCGGCGGAGAGCUCGCUGGACCCCGGCAGACCUCAGAGCCGGCCGGGCAUGCUGGCCAUCAUUCAGGACGAGCGCGGAGCCAAAGAAAGCAGAGAGGACAGCGGCAUCACAGAGGACGCCCUGAGUCGGACGUCUGUGAGCAACGGAGAAGACCUCGCACUCUGCUCUCCCCCCAGGACAGAGAGCGAGCUUCGCCUGAAGUUCCACAAGCAGCAGGAGGAGAUCCGGCGGCUGAGGGAGCUGGUCGGGCAGAGGGACGUGCGCAUCAAGCAGCUGGAGCUGGAGAUUAAGAACAUGAAAAACUCCCAGUCUCAGAGCUCGCUUUAGGACUCUCACCUCCUCGCAGGACACAUGCGUCACACUGUAAAAACUUUUCGUAACGUUUUCAAAACCGCCGCCGUCUGGGUGGAGUCCCGGUUCUCCCCCCGGUCCUCUAGCGAGCCCCGUAUUAGUCACAGCUCAGGGGUGGUUUACGUUUUUGCCCUCCUGUGUUUUCUGCCUGUUGUUUCGUCGACUCUCACACACGGUGCACAUGCUCCUCACUCAUGUACAGACACUUUUUAAAUCCUCUGCACCUUCUGACCUUUGCCCUGUUUCUUUUGUACGCUUCACAGCUAUGCAAGUCUAUUGUGAUUUUUAGCUUUUUUUUUAAUGAUGCUCUUCGCGGCCGGUAGAUAGACGACAGAUGUGACUGAGCGCUGCGGCCGUCGGAGGAGGCGUCCUGUGUGAUUGUGACACAAUGCUGAAUUUAUUUUUUAUGCUUGACGAUUGUAACCCCCGCUCCACCCCAUCCCCCGAAUAUUUAAACUACUGUAAGUGGACAUGACUGUAAUGUGUGUGUGUGUGUGUGUGUGUGUGUGUGUGUGUGUGUGUGUGUGUGUGCGCGCGCUCAGUGACAGUAUCGCCAUCCCAGCUGUGUUUCUGCCUUUCUGAGAAGCUUCAUCCCAUUUUCUUUUCUUUUCUUUUCUUGUUUUUAAAUGACUGGAAAAUCCAUUUGAUCGGACCGCCUAAUUUGUUAAAGAUACUAUGUAGCAGGUUUUUAUAUUCAUGUCUAAACAAUCAAAGAAAAUGCAAUUUCAUCAACAACUCUGCGAACAGAACAUGUAAAAAAAAUAUAUUAAAAAACAAACGGUGGUAACAUAUUUCAUUUUGUAGAUUUCUGUAAAGAGCCAGAGUAUCACAUAUUAUGUUGUGCUCACUAUAGAUGAACUCAGUUUUUAAUGUUGUCACUCAUCCUACAUUUUCAUUGCCCUGAAAGAGAGAAAUUCAAAUCGGAUGCUUCAGUCAGACUAUUUAUACUCUCAGGUAGGCAGUACAAUCAAAUGAUUCGCCAGACUGUUAAAAGAUGCGUAGAUGUUAAUUUUUCAAAGAAUUUUCAAACAUCCCACACACACACACACACACACACACACACACACACACACACACACACAUACACAAAUAAAACAUGUGUGGUGUAAUAGUGUGACUCACCCCAUGCUUUGAAAACCCCAGUAUAAAGCAGUUUUGCUUUAAAACGUCUUUAAAAGCAGAUGACACUUUGAGUUGAAGCAAGUUGACUUUGAGUGGGUGAAUUGUUGAAUUGUUGUCCAACAUUUUAACAAAUUCUUACCAGUUCAUGUCAGCUAUCACAAUAAAAAAUAAUGAAAGAUUUGACCCAAAAAAACCCACAGCUUUUCCAUUUUAAAAGUUGCCGAUUUUUCUAAAAUAGGAUUCUUCUUCUUUUUUUUAAAAAAAUUCAUUUUAGGUUUGGCUUCCUCUUACCAAAGCUGAGAAAGGCUUUGUAAGAAAAUGAAUUAUGUAAAUGCAGCUGAUAGAAACAACACUACCUAUAAGCCUGUUGGGCUCAUGUCUCUUUUCUGAGCCCUGUGAAGACUUCAGUAACUGUAAAAUGUGCACGCGUGUGAACGGAGCUGUUUCUAAAGACUCGCGUUUCCCUCAGGGAACUGGAGUGGUGCUCAUAGUUCCUGUCAUGUGCAGUCAGACCAGUUUCAAAAAGCUCCUGUGAAAAUUUGGGGCAGCUGUUUGAAUUUUUUUUUUUUUUUUUUCAACAAACUCUAGAGAAACAUUCCUUCGUCUCUUAUCAGCUUGUGGAGUGACCUGCUGCCGCCGAGCGGCCUGCAAACAUUAGACAUCACAGCAGUGCAGUUUGAGACACCCACACAAUACAAAUCACCACCAAAUUCUCCUUUUUUUUUACAAGCAGAGAUGCAAAAAGCACCAUGAAUUUCCACAUUUGGUGGAUACUGCCACUUGAACCCACAUGUAUACACACCCAGAGCCUUCCUAUAUGACCUCUUUAACGCCACAGCGUCGCCUCUGACUGGCUCUCAUCCAGGAGCAGCCCGAACUCCAGGCACCGCAAUUUGAGAGCAAGUCGAGACACAUUCCCACCAUACAUUGCUGUGUUUUUACCGUCGGGCAAGUUUGUUCAAGGGCUAAUUUGACUGUUUGCAUUCAACAUGUGAAAACUUUUACCUCAGUUGAACAUUUUAAUUCCAAAUGCAGAAUCAUAAGAAAGCAUUCAGUACUCGGUUUUGAGGUUGACUUGGAUGAAGAUUCAGUUGUUUGGAUGGAGGAACAUGUUAAAAGCACCCAGACAGUCCUCUCAAUCACUUUCAGGAUUUUUUUUUUCCAGAGAAUUACUUAAUAUCUUAAGGAAACCUGAUAAACCUGAUAAAUCAAAAUGUGCAGGGGUCCAAUGACCUCCCAGUGGAGACUUUGUAAAUCUUUUAUUAUGACUGAGCCUUUGCUAUUGAUUAAUGAGCAAUCAUGUUGCUUAUGGACUAUUUCAAAUUCAAAUCAUUUUCUGUAAUUAUUUUUAAAUAUGAAACUUUCACAUGACGUCUCAGCAGAUAUUUGUGUCACUUCCACCCAGACGAGACCUAAAAUCUAGAUUAUGUGUCACUAUGAAUAAAGAGGUUGUUCUGA